AUGGAUGCCAAGGUUCUGAGCCAUACCCUCGUCAGUACCGCUACUCCGACUAAGAGUUAUGUGCCGUCCCAACGGUACUGCACAGCGCCAAAUGUGGAAAUCGGGGAGUCAAAGACAAACCUGAUCAUCAACUAUUUGCCGCAGGGCAUGACCCAGGAGGAGGUGCGGUCGUUGUUCUCGAGUGUCGGCGAAAUCGAAUCGUGUAAACUCGUUCGUGAUAAAAUGACAGGCCAGAGUCUUGGUUAUGGUUUUGUUAACUAUUGUCGCGAAGACGACGCCCUCAAGGCCGUCUCCUCCUUCAACGGACUCCGUCUGCAGAACAAAACGAUCAAGGUUGUUGCCGUUUACCUCAUCUCCUUCUCUUCUUUCACGUUCGGUGGGCAUUGGCGUGUAUUAGUGUCUACGUUCACUGUGUUUCUGGUUGCAGGCCAGAGUCUUGGUUAUGGUUUUGUUAACUAUUGUCGCGAAGACGACGCCCUCAAGGCCGUCUCCUCCUUCAACGGACUCCGUCUGCAGAACAAAACGAUCAAGGUUUCAUAUGCACGGCCAAGUAAUGAGAACAUCAAAGGCUCGAACCUGUAUGUUUCUGGUAUCCCGAAGUCGAUGACUUUAAACGAGUUGGAAGCGAUUUUUCGACCAUUUGGACAAAUCAUCACAUCACGGAUCCUCUCAGACAAUAUCACAGGCAAGUCCUUGUUUCCAUUGCUUCUAAUGGGCUGCAUGAUUAUUAUACGUAAUUCAGGAUUAUCGAAAGGUGUUGGCUUUGUUCGAUUUGACAAAAAAGAGGAGGCUGAACUGGCUAUACAAACCCUAAAUGGCACGAUACCAGCCGGCUGUGUCGACCAGAUCACGGUGAAGUUCGCUAAUAAUCCCGCCACCAACACUGCCAAAAGUGUUCUUCAGGAGCUUGAAGCAGCACAGCAAGUGGCAGCUUCUAACUUAGUACCGCUUUCAUUACUGGGAGCUGCCGCACCUCUCCGAUCUGCCAUUGGACCGAUACAUCACGCUCCUCUCGCAACAAAAUAUAGGUACUCUCCCCUUGCACAUACAAUACCCGGCGCUGCUGCACCCACGUUAACAGCACAAGCCACAGCUGAUUACCUCACGACCAUGCUUCAGAUGAGUCAGAUGAACGCACUGGCAGGUAUGGCUGCGGCAGCCGCUCCAGCAGCCACCCAACUGGCUGCAUUAGCGCCGACAGCAGCUGCUACGGAACCAGCCGGUUUCUGUCUUUUUGCUUAUAACUUAGGGCCGGAUACAGAGGAUAGCUUACUCUGGCAAUUAUUUGGACCAUUUGGAGCAGUGCUGAGCGUUAAAGUGAUCCGUGAUUUUGCGACAGCGAAGUGUAAAGGCUACGCUUUUGUAACCAUGAUGAACUACGCGGAUGCUUGCAACGCGAUCGCAGCGCUAAAUGGCACUCAAAUAGCUGGACGAUCUCUACAGGUUGGCAUGGCUGGGAUCUCGCAAUGA